CUCUUGUCCAGAUGUCGCUCCAAAUUGCGGAAGUCUCUUCACAUGAAAAACAAAUCAACUAAUCGUAGGAAGAAUGUAUGGAUAGAAAGACCAGAAUCGUGACCUGUUCUGAUCAAGCAGACGAUUUUUAAAAAUGUCAGCUACCGUCCUACAUUUUGGUGACAUCGUUUCACUCUAUGCGGAAGGCAAUGUAAAUGGAUUUAUAUCAACUCUUGGCUUGGUAGAUGACAGAUGUGUUGUACAGCCAGAGGCUGGGGAUCUGAAUAAUCCCCCAAAGAAAUUUAGAGACUGCUUGUUUAAGAUAUGUCCUAUGAACAGAUAUUCGGCCCAGAAACAGUUCUGGGUGGCUCAUAGAUCUGGAUCAGCAACAGCAACUUGUCCAGACACUGUUUUAUUGAAGAAAUUGCAUAGUUUACAGACACAUGGCAAUUCAUUAUUACUUCAGCAUGCUGCAGAGUUGGAGAAAAAACAGAAUGAACAAGAAUAUAAGAAACAACUUGGCAAUGAAAUCCAAUACGGCAAUGUGGUUCAGCUAUUACAUCUCAAAAGCAACAAAUACCUGACAGUAAACAAAAGACUCCCUGCUUUACUUGAAAAGAAUGCCAUGAGAGUAACACUAGAUGUGUCUGGAAAUGAAGGAUCUUGGUUCUAUAUCUCUCCAUUCUACAAACUUAGACAAUCAGGAGACACUGUUGUGGUUGGAGACAAAGUGGUACUGAACCCAGUCAAUGCAGUCCAACCUCUUCAUGUUAGUAACUAUGAACUGGCAGAUAAUCCUGGAUGCAAAGAGGUCAAUGCUGUAAACUGUUCAACAUCAUGGAGAUUAACAUUAUUCAUGGAUUACAGAGAAAAUGUAGAAGACGUGUUAAAGGGGGGAGAUGUUGUAAGAUUAUUCCAUGCUGAAGAACAGAUGUUUCUGACAGGAGAUGAUUACAAGAAGAAACAAUAUGUAUUCCUCAGGAUGACAGCAAGAGCCACCGCAACAACAGCCACUAGUUCCAAAGCUCUUUGGGAAGUAGAGGUUGUACAUCAUGAUCCAUGUCGAGGUGGCGCAGGACAGUGGAUGAGUCUGUUUAGGUUUAAACACUUGGCAACAGGACAGUAUUUGGCUGCUGAGAUUGAUAAAGACCCAGCAAAGGAUAGUAUGCGAGACAAAUUACGAGGAUCUCCAACAAAUCCUGUAUACUGUUUAGUAUCAGUGCCACAUGGACAUGACGUGGCAACAAUCUUUGAAUUAGAUCCAACAUCUAUGACUAAAGAUUCUCAUGUUCCGAGAAGUUCUUAUGUGCGACUUCACCACCUAUGUACCAAUACAUGGAUUCACAGUAGUAACAUAUUUGUGGACAAAGAGGAAGAUAAACCAAUCAGAAAGAAGGUUGGUUGUGCACAGAUAAAAGAUGACAGAGAAGCUUUUGCCAUUGUACCAGUAUCUCCACAGGAAGUUAGAGAUUUGGACUUUGCAAAUGAUGCCAGUAAAGUGUUGGCUGAAAUAGCUCAGAAAUUAGAGAAAGAAUCAAUCACUCAAAAUGAGAGAAGAGUAUUAACACAGUUAUUAUCAGAUUUGAUUUACUUUGUGACAAUGCAAGAAUCUCACAAUACUGGUGGUGAUCCAUUAAAAGUAGAAAUGUUGAAAUCUAAGGAAUGUAGAGAAAGACAAAAACUACUGCGAGAACAGAAUAUCCUGAAGCAGGUUUUUCAGAUUUUAAAAGCACCAUUUAGUGGAAAUGGACCAGUUAUUGAAAUGGAAGAAUUAGCUAACCAAAGACAUGCCCCCUUUAGACAGAUCUGUAAACUUUGUUAUCACAUUCUAAGAUUGUCACAGCAAGAUUACAGAAAAAAUCAGGAGUAUAUUGCCAAGCACUUUGCAUUCAUGCAAAAACAAAUAGGAUAUGAUGUGUUAGCUGAGGAGACCAUUACAGCAUUACUGAACAACAAUCGUAAACUACUAGAAGCUCACAUUACAAAACAGGAAAUAGAAACAUUUGUCAGUCUUGUAAGAAGGAAUAGAAAACCAAGAUUUUUAGAUUACCUAUAUGUUUUAUGUGUAUCAAAUGGAUCAGCCAUACCAGCGACUCAAGAUCUGAUUUGUAAUUGUUUGCUAAGUGAUGAAAACCAAGAUAUUCUGAUUGAAACAAGAAUGGAGAAGACUCAGAUGGAGGUAGAAAUGGAGGUAGAGAAUCCUGAUGGGACAGCUGCAUCAGAACCUAUCGUUACAAUAGAAGAAGUAGAGGAGGUGGUCCUGGUCUGGGAAGAUGCUGAUCAUCAUCAAAAACAAAAGAGCAUUGAAGAGUUGGCUAAGUGUGUUACAGAACAUCGUCAUAUGGCUGGCCUAGAUUCAUUAGAGGAUGCUGGUAUAAUAGAAUAUUAUAGACACCAACUUGACCUUUUUUCUCACAUGUGUUUAGAAAGGCAGUAUCUGGCUAUCAACAAGCUUUCACCACAACUACACAUUGAUCUUAUUCUCAGGUGUAUGUCAGAUGAUGUUUUACCAUUUGAUCUUCGAGCUUCAUUCUGUCGUUUGAUGUUACAUAUGCAUGUUGACAGGGACCCUCAGGAAAUCAUUAAGCCAGUAAAAUAUGCAAGGUUGUGGUCAGAAAUUCCCACUGCCAUUUCAAUAGAAGACUAUGAAUCAAAUGUCAGCAAAGAUCCAGAAAAGGAAAAGGUUAAGCCAAGAUUUUCACAGACCAUAAUGUUUGUAGAAGACUAUUUAACAAAAGUUGUUGAAGAGAAAUGGUCCUUCUCAGAUAUGAAACAAAAUAAACUCACAUUUGAGGUUGUGAAUUUAGCCAAACAGUUGAUAUAUUUUGGAUUUUACUCCUUUAGUGAUUUAUUGAGACUGACGAAAACUCUGCUUAGUAUCUUAGAUUAUGUACCUGAGAAACAUAUAACUCCUGUUGCUAUGACUACUGCAACAGGUGAAGAUCAAGAUAAGUCCAUGAUAUCAGAAGUUAUUUCACCAAAAAAGUCAGAAGAAGAAGUAGAUACAGUUGUCAUGGACACAAAGUUAAAAAUCAUAGAAAUUUUAAAGUUUAUUUUAGAUGUUCGGUUGGACUAUCGUAUCACUUGCCUUUUGUCGAUUUUCAAACAUGAAUUUGAUGAAAACAAUUCCAUCAAGGACACUGACAAUGGUUUAGAUUUAGAGGCAAUCAGUACACAUGCAGAAGGCAUUUUUGAUGGGAGUGCAGAAACCCAGGAUCUGGAUUUAGAUGGCCAAGGAGGAAAGAUGUUUCUAAGAGUUUUGUUGAACUUGGUUAUGCAUAAUUAUCCAACUUUAGUGUCUGGGGCAUUGCAACUGUUAUUUAGACAUUUUAGCCAAAGGCAAGAAGUUUUACAAGCAUUUAAACAGGUUCAGCUUCUGGUAACCAGCAGUGAUGUGGAAAAUUACAAACAAAUUAAAACAGAUUUAGAUGAAUUAAGAAAUUUAGUGGAAAAAUCAGAACUUUGGGUGUAUAAGGUUAAACAACCUAGUGAACAGAAGAGUAAAAAACAAUCUGAUGAUACAGAAAGCAAGGGAAGCAAAGAAGAGAAAGGAGAUGGGGAUGGGAAAAAGAAAGCUAAACAACCGUCAGUUUGGAACAUUUCUUCAGAUCAGGGGUCUCCAAUAGAUCAUGAUCUUGGUCCAGCCAUUGACCCUCACUCUGUCAGAAAUUACAAGAAGAUAAAAGAUAUUUUAAAAAGACUGACAAGGUUAUGUGUACAGGAAACAGCUGACCCUAGUGUUCACAAACCAAAAACACAUGAACAGAGACUGUUGAGAAACAUGAGUGCCCAUCAAGUGGUGUUAGAAUUGUUACAAAUUCCAUAUGAGACUAAUGAUGACAUUAGAAUGCAUGAGGUGAUGAGAUAUGCACACCAGUUUUUGCAGAGCUUCUGUCUCAAAAAUCAACAAAACCAGGCCUUGUUACACCAAAAUAUAGAACUUUUUAUGACUCCAGGGGAACUUGAUAGUGUCGAGGCGACCCAUUUAUGCUAUUUCAGAUCUCCGUUACUUGAAGCUGAAACGAUGACUGCCAUUUUCCAAGACAAUACUGUGCUUUGUAAUGAUAUAUCAGAAGCAGUAGUGCAACACUUUGUUCAUUGUAUAGAAACACAUGGUAGACAUGUGCCAUAUAUCAAGUUUCUACAGAACAUUGUUAAAGCAGAGAAUAAGUACAUUAAAAAAUGUCAGGAUAUGGUUAUGGCAGAGCUUGUGAAUGUUGGAGAGGAAGUACUACUAUUUUACAAUGACAGAUCAUCAUUCAAUCAGUUCACUGAAUUAAUGAGAUCUGAGAGACAUAGAACUGAUGCCGCAAGUCCACUUAUCUACCACAUCAAUUUAGUACAACUACUUGCUCUGUGUACUGAAGGCAAGAAUGUUUACACAGAGAUAAAGUGUCACUCAUUACUUCCAUUAGAUGACAUUGUUAGAGUAGUCACACACCCAGACUGUAUUCCUGAGGUGAAAGCAGCAUACAUUAACUUCCUAAAUCACUGUUACAUUGAUACAGAGGUUGAGAUGAAAGAGAUUUAUACCAGUCCACAUAUGUGGAACUUGUUUCAAAACUUCUUGGAGGAUAUGGGAAGGGUAUCAACAGCUACUACAGAUCGUAAACAUGCUGAUAUCGCCCUAGAGAAUUAUGUUACAGAAACUGUUAUGAACGUUAUAUACACAUUCUUCAGUUCACCUUUCUCUGAUCAAACAACUGCCUUACAGGCCCGGCAGCCAGUCUUUGUUAAGUUGUUACAAGGAGCUUUCAGAGUGUCUGACUGCCAUUGGUUAAGUGGAUCUCAAAAGUACCAUGUUGAAACUUGUAUAAAGACGUUAGCAGAUAUAGCAAAGACUAGAGGGAUAGCAAUUCCAGUAGAUUUAGACAGCCAAGUUAGCAUUAUGUUUGAGAAAGCACAGAUUGUGGCAAAACAGGCCAAACAAUGGAUGUCUGUACGAUCAAAUAAAAGAGAGUCAGUUGCUUCAGUUUCUAGAGAUUACAGAAACAUUAUUGAAGGUUUACAGGGUAUUAGUUGCCUACCAGAGGAGGAGGUUGAAGAGGUUAUUCAGGAAAUAGUUGAGCUUCUAGAAGAUCGUCUUCGUCCACUGGUCCAAGCAGAGUUGUCUGUUCUUGUUGAUGUUCUUCAUUUUCCAGAACACUUAUUCCCUGCUGGUACAAAAUGUGAAAUAGGAGGAUUUAUAUCUCGGCUGAUUGGACAUACCAAAUGUCUUUUAGAAGAAAAAGAAGAAAAGUUAUGUAUUAAAGUAUUACAGACAUUAAGAGAGAUGAUGACAGUAGAUAAUGAUUAUGGUGAUAAGGUGGAUGUGAAAACUUUGGGUAAAAAAGACUUGGAUGAUCAUAGAAGGGGAGAAGCUUUACGGCAAUGUCUGUUGACAAAGUAUUAUGAAAAGGCACCAAUGAGGGGACAAAGAGAUGGUGGAAAUAAACUGGCUUUGUCUGGAAGACCUGGUGCUGAUAACAAUUCAAGAUCCAGCAUGUUUGGUAGAGAAAGAAUGAGUCUUUAUGAUAUUCAGUGCCAUUUGGCCAAAGAAGGAGCAGCAGAUUUGAUUGUUGAUUUGAUAAUGAAAGAAACUAACAGCAAAAUAUUUCAAGAGACAGUGGAACUUGGCAUUGCUUUAUUGGAAGGUGGUAACCCAGUUAUUCAGAGAUCUGUUUACAAUAGGUUGCUAAAAGACAAAAACUCUGAUGUAUUUUUCAAAGUAUUUUACAACAAGAUGGUAAAAGCAAGCGAGGAGAUUAAAUCAACCGUAACAGUUAACACCAGUGAUGGAGAGAAAAGAACUGAUGAGCAAAAAGAAUUACAAACUAAAGAUGCCACAGGAGGACUGAAGAGAGGCAGAGGUAGAAGACAAGAUUAUGAGGAGGAUUCCGUAGGAGGUAUAAAAUUUAAAUUAAGACAGAAUAAACAACCUGAGGAACCUGAUGACCUUCAGAGAGGUCAUGUUGCAGGUCAAGAUGAUGCUGUAGAUAAGCAAACUAAAGAAAAAGAAGACAAGAAACUGACACCACAUGUUGCAAUGAUGAGACCAAUCCUUAGAUUCUUGCAGCUCCUAUGUGAAAAUCAUAAUCGAGAACUACAGAAUUUACUUAGGAAUCAAAGUCACACUAAAUCACUGAAUCUUGUUUGUGAGACCUUACAGUUUUUGGAUUGUAUUUGUGGGAGUACAACAGGUGGAUUAGGUUUACUAGGUCUCUACAUUAAUGAGACAAAUGUAGACCUCAUUAACCAGGCUUUAUCAAGUUUAACAGAAUACUGCCAGGGACCUUGCCAUGAAAAUCAGAAUGCCAUUGCAUUACAUGAGAGUAAUGGUAUAGAUAUCAUAAUAGCACUUCUGCUGAAUGAUAUUAUGCCUUUAGGGAAACAUAGGAUGGACUUGGUAUUAGAAUUAAAGAAUAACGCUUCUAAGCUCCUGUUAGCUAUCAUGGAGAGUCGACAUGACAGUGAAAAUGCUGAAAGAAUAUUGUAUAGCAUGAACUCAAAACAACUAGUUGAUGCUUUAGGUGUGGUGUUUAAGCAAGCAGUGGAUGAUGGAUUAAUAACAAACUUUCAUAACAAGGUUGAUAUUGCCAAGAAUGCUUUUCACCAGGAAGAUUCUGUUAAUGAUGAUGAAGAGGAUGAUGAGGAAAGAGAAGCUUCACCAAAAGCUGUAGGACAUAAUAUUUAUAUCCUGGCUACACAGCUUGCUCUACAUAACAAAGAAUUGGCAAAUCAUUUGAAACCAAGUGGUGAUUUAUGGGGUGAUCAAGCUUUAGAGUUCUAUGAAAAGCAUACAGCACAAAUUGAGAUAAGUAGACAAGACAGAACAAUGGAAAGAAUUGUAUUUCCCAUCCCUGAGAUUUGUGAAUACCUAACAGAAGAGACAAAAGUAAAAAUUUAUGCAACAGCAGAAAGAGAUGAGCAAGGCAGUAAAGUGGCUGAAUUCUUUGAGAGACAUGAAGAUAUGUUUGCUGAAAUGAAAUGGCAGAAAAAAUUAAGAGCCAAUCCAUAUUUGUCAUGGUUCAGUAGUCAUAUGUCUUUAUGGAGUAGCAUUACAUUCAACUUUGCAGUGUUAAUUAAUCUGAUGGUAGCUUUCUUUUAUCCAUUUGAUGACACUAAAAAGAAUGAAUUGGACCCUAGGUUAUCGUGGUUGGUUUGGACAGCUAUGUUUGGAUCUCUGACUUUAGUAAUCACUGUUGGAGUGAACCCUUCAGCCAUUAGAACACUUAUAGCAUCAACUAUUCUAAGAUUUAUAUUUUCUUUUGGACUUGAGCCAACAUUAUGGCUGUUAGGUGCCUUAAAUGUGAUAAAUAAAGGAAUAUUUUUGAUAAGUUUGAUGGGAAAUAGAGGUACAUUUACAAAACCAUGGCAGCAAGUGUUAACAGAUUUUGAGUUUAUGUACCAUAUCUUGUACCUACUUUUAUGUGUAUUUGGUUUAUGCGUUCAUGAGUUUGCCUAUAGUCUUUUGUUGUUAGAUGUAGUGUACAGAGAGGAAACUUUGUCUAAUGUGAUAAAAUCAGUGACAAGAAAUGGACGUUCCAUUGUCUUAACAGCAAUAUUAGCAGUCAUACUUAUAUACUUAUUUUCAAUAUUGGGAUUCCUGUUUUUCCAAGAUGAUUUUUUAAUGGAAAUAGAACCAGUUAAAAUUGUAGAACACACAGGCAUUGGACCAACAGUUUUACAAACAGCAGCUGAGAGUUGUUCAGCAGAUGCAAACUGUACAGAAUCAGAAACAGUUCAAACCACAGUACACGCUGUAGCAGAAAAAGAUGAUCCAGUGCAAAGAAGGGUGUGUGAGUCUUUGAUUAUGUGUAUUAUCACUGCUGUCAACGAAGGUCUCAGAAAUGGUGGGGGCAUUGGUGAUGUUCUUAGAAAACCUGAUAUCAAGGAACCUUUCUUUGUGGCCAGGGUGGUGUAUGACAUGCUGUUCUUUUUCAUCAUUAUUAUUAUUGUUCUCAAUCUCAUCUUUGGUGUUAUCAUCGAUACUUUUGCUGAUCUGAGAAGUGAAAAACAGAACAAAGAAGAAAUAUUGAAAAAUACUUGUUUUAUUUGUGGUUUGAACAGAAGUGCUUUUGACAAUAAGACUGUGUCAUUUGAGGAGCACAUAAAUGGAGAACAUAAUAUGUGGCAUUAUCUGAACUUUAUUGUUCUUGUCAUAGUGAAAAAGAAAACUGAGUUUACUGGGCCAGAAAGUUAUGUUUAUGAACUAGUCAAGGAUAAGAAUUUGGAUUGGUUUCCAAGAAUGAGAGCAAUGUCUUUACAGGCUGAAGAUAGUGAAGGAGAGCAGAAUGAAAUCCGUAAUCUCCAUGCCACACUGGAUAGUACCAACAGACUUGUUAAAAAUCUCACUAAACAGCUUACAGAACUUAGGGAACAGAUGACAGAACAAAGAAAGCAAAAACAAAGAAAAGGUUUCCUUCAUUCAGCAACAGUUCCAAAUGUCAUGACUAUGUGAUGUUAAAUCAUUAAAUGGAAAAACAAUAGCAUUAUGCAGCAAUAGAGGUCUGAACAUAUUGAAAUAACAAAUAUUUGUUUGUCCGUUUUAGAUUUAUUUCUCAUCAAAAUUUAGCAAUAUCAUGUUUAUGUCAUAUAUGAUUGUAAAGUUAAAACAUAUAUUGUCAUUACAAAAAGUUGUUUAAAUGAACUUUAAUUUUUCAUUCAGAAAACUUUUGGUUUUAGAUGAAGUAUUAUUGUAUAGCAACAGCAUAUUUUAUGUUGCCAAUAAACAAACGUGCAAUAAUAUGUCAUAUUGCAUUAGUGCUAAAAAUCUUCAAAUUAGUGAUGUCAUCAGUAUCAAAAAUUUGUUAUAAACAGUUUUUCCAAGCUUUGCUAUACAAUAAAAGGGUUAUUGCAUGAAUAUUAGUGAAUAUUUUUCCUCAGAAUAUAUAUUGCUAUUUCGUGCAAUAAGAAAAUAUACUUGGGACAAUGUUCACCAAUAUUCAUGAAAUAACCCUAUAGUAUUAUUUAUUGUGUAUGCACAGUUGCUUUAGUAGUCUCUGGUUUUAAUUAGUACAAUUAAAGAUAUUUUACCUGUCUGUGAUUGUUAAGUAUGUUGUUGUUUUUGUUUAAUAAUGAGGAGAAACUUUAAUCUUAAAAGUGUUAUCUAAGAAGCAUAAUAGCUUCCCUGUAUUCUCUAAGAUCUGUCUAUUAGUCCACACUUCAUUACUCUUUAAAAGGUCCAGACAGGGAGGAAAUUCAUGUACACAAAUGUUCAGUGUUGAUCAGGAAUGGUGUGCAAAUAAUGUAAACAAUAGACCAGAAUAUAAAUCAUCAUUUUGAUGAAGAUACAAAAUAAAACAGUAUCAUUGUUAUAUUUAGCUAUUUUAAAAGUUAAUUUUUCAUCAAAUUUAAUAUUUCCUGCUAUAUAUGCUAAAGCCAAAUAAUUUUUUGUCAACAAAUGAGGAUAUUUGUAUAUACCAGUUUUAAAUAAAUCAGCCAAGACUCACAGUUCAAACACCAUAAGAAGUCAGUCAGAUUUAAUUUUUGUUGAGCCUGCGAAAUAUGGAAAUAUUUUACGAUGUACAUGUCAGUCUGGCAGGUUUUAUUUGGCAUUGACCCCAUUUUCACGGUUCAUUGCUCAGUGUAAAGUUUUUGUUUUGGUCUUUUUUUCUAUAACUAUAAGAAAUAGGUCAUCUAUAUUUGGUGUAUGGAAUGAUUGUAAUGAUAUGUCUGUUUGGCAGGUAUCAUCUGAUCUUGACCUCAUUUUCAUGGUUCAUUGGUCAAUGUUAAGUUUCAUGGUUAAGUUUGUUUCUUAGAUACUAUAAGCAAUAUGUCAACUAAAUUUAAUGCAUAUAUUGAUUGUAAGGUGUACAUGUCUUUCUGCGAUGGUUCAUCUGAACUUUACCUCAUUUUCAUGGUUCAUUGGUCAGUGUUAUGUUUUCCUGGUUAAGUUCAGUUCUAAGAAACUAUAAACAGUAGGUCAACUAUAUUUGGUGUAAGGUGUACAUGUAUUUUUGGUUUUGGUUUAUCUGACCUUGAUGGCUUGACCUCAUUUUCUUGGAUCAUGAUAAGUUUAUGUGAUACUUGUAGUAAAGCUUUAUAUUUAGGACUAUCAAUAUAAAAUCAAUGUUCAGUAAAGCAGGCGAGACAUUUCAGCGUGUGCACUCUUGUUCAAUCUUAAGAUGUAUUUCUAAUUGUUGUUUCCCACCUUUUGCUGUUAUUUGUACUACCAUGUUAAAUCAUAUUUGUAAUAUUAAUUGUGAAUAGAAAAGUUAUUGUUUUAUAUUAGGAGUUAAUAUAUAUAUCAUGGUGCUUUAAUCACUAUUUUUAUAAUACAUAUUUAUACAUGCAAAUAUAUUUGUUCAAACAAUUUUGACAAUAAAGAACAAUAACAAGGAUAUAAAUUUAGAAGUCUUAUUGACUUAUGAUACAUAUACAUGUAUAUUGAUAAUUGUAAUAUUUUAUUACCCAUUAAAACUCUAUAUAUAAAAAUAAUAAUAUAAUAUAAGCAAAAACAUUAUGUUGAUCUAUUAUUAAAUAUGACUAAAUAAAUAAAAUAUUUCUUGUAUUUAAUUCAAAAGUUUCAUUAAGCUAAGUUAAAAAUGUAAUGUACUUGUUAAACAAGAUUUCAAUAAUACGAUGAAACCUGUUUAAAUGGAACUCCAGCAAGAGGACAUGCAAUGGAGAUUUUUGAGUUAUUUGAUAUUUGUUAACAUAAUUAAUGUCUAAUCAAAAUGAAAUCCUCAGUUUUUAUCCCGUCUAUGAUAGAAGUUGGCCAUUAUGUUUCUGGUCUGUGAGUACAUUCAUAUGUUCUUCCAUCCAACUGUCCAUAUCAGGUUAAAGUUUUGGUUAAGGAUAGUUUGUGGUCACAUCAACUUGAAACUUAGCACUGUUUAAUAUCUAUGACUCAGAUUUCAUAGUUCACUAAACAUUGAAAUGUGAUAUGUUCAUAACUACUAUGUGGGUGUUUAAUGUCCUGGACUACGCAUGAGGGUCCCGCACAGCCGGAUAAGCAUUCAUCAAUAAGUGAACUGUUUAAUAUAUAUGCCAAAUGUUGAAUUUCAUGGUUCACUGAACUUGUAAAUGUGAUAGUACAAGCGGGAAAUGGUGUCCUAUGGACACAUGUUCUUGUUUUAGAUAGGCUUCACUGUAUUAAAUCAUCAAUUUAAAAAAAUUUAAAAAGAGAACUUCCACUUCAACUAUUUGUUGGUACUUUUUGCCAUUGUUUAUUUGUUAGAAAUUUUUAUACUGUUUGAUUUGUAAGGUGCUAACAUCUACCUUUAUCAAGGAAUUGGGCCAAAACAUUUUGUUAAUACACAAUUUGAUGACCUUGCUCAUAAUAGACUGAAAGUUUGCCCAAUGAUACAGCAUUAUGGUGUUAUUUAAUGAUUUUGCCAAAAAAUCCUUUUCAUCAGAAAGUAGAAUUCAGUUGCUUUAAUUGCAAUAGGUUUGUUAUGCUUGGAACUUCCAAUGUUCUCUUUUCCAAUAUGUAUGUAGGGCUAUAAAUUUCCUUUUUUUGAGAAUUAUAUAUAUAUAUUAUAUUUAUAAUAAAGUGAUAAAAUCCUUCUGUCCACUUUGAAUGAUUGUUAAAUGAUAUAUAUGUUGAUCCUUCCAGCAUUUUAUAUGUUUGUAAUGUGUAUACUUGUCAAUAAAGUCUGAAUAGUUUA